AAUUGCACGUUUUACAUACCGUACGCGCAACUGAAGGGCGGCGGCCCAGCCACGUCAGCGCACACCCGCGAAGAAGAACCCUAAUUUCUCAGUGCCAGUGCGUGGCCAGGAGCCGCCAUAUCCACAGCGGCACGCUGCGCGUAGAAUUUAGGGUUGUAGGGUUCCACAUUGGGACUGGGAGAGCGCUGGGAGUCUCAUCUCUAAGCUGCGAGCCUUGGAAAUCGCGUUUCUACAUUUUGCCUGUUCGUCACGCACCAGUGGAGCUCUCGCUUUCGUUGAGCGCUCUUCGGUGGAGUGAUGGCAGGCGUGCUGGUUCCUUCGCAAAAUAUGGGGAUUUUCCCCCGUUCCUCGCAGUCACUCUCCUUGCCUUCAAAGCUUUGCUACAAGACGCCGAGAUCAUCGCUAAGUUUUCGAUCGCCCAAGCAAGCGUGUGUCAUCGCUGGCCUUGGCUCUUCCUUUUCUCCACUCUUGGCUCUUAAAAGAAGGCUCAAGCCCGGCUCGAGCUCGCCAUCCAUUCCAAUGGUCGCUGUUCCACUCCGAACUGUCACUGCUCCUCAAAGCGAUGUGGUCGGUGACUUCUCCAAGGAGUUUGAUCCUGCUGCUCCACCACCAUUUUCUCUGGGAGAUAUCAGAGCUGCCAUUCCAAAGCAUUGCUGGGAGAAGAAUGUGUGGAGAUCGAUUAGCUAUGUCGUGAGGGACAUAGCGGUGGUUCUCGGACUGGCUGCUGGUGCUGCUUACUUGAAUAAUUGGCUCGUCUGGCCACUCUACUGGGCUGCCCAAGGGACGAUGUUCUGGGCUCUCUUUGUGCUCGGCCAUGACUGUGGACACGGGAGUUUUUCCAAUAACAAGAAGCUUAACCAUGUCUUCGGCCACAUUCUCCAUUCUUCCAUCCUGGUUCCAUACCACGGGUGGAGGAUAAGCCACCGGACGCAUCACCAGAAUCACGGCCAUGUCGAGAACGACGAGUCCUGGCAUCCAAUGACCGAGAAGCUCUACAAAGACGCAGAUAUCUUUACUCGCUUCGGCCGGUUCCAGCUUCCAUGGGUCAUGUUUGCUUAUCCGCUUUAUCUGGCGACGAGGAGUCCGGGUAAAACUGGCUCUCACUUCCAUCCGGACAGCUCUCUCUUCGUCCCGAGCGAGAGAAACGACGUGAUAACGUCGACAGUGUGCUGGUCGGCGAUGUUGGCGUUGCUGGCUGCCAUGACCGCUGCUGUUGGCCCCGUUUGGAUGUUCAAGCUUUACGUCGUACCUUACUUGAUCAAUAUUGUUUGGCUGGAUGCUGUGACUUACAUGCAUCACCACGGGCACGAAGUCAAGGUUCCGUGGUACAGAGGAAAGGAGUGGAACUACAUGAGAGGGGGACUUUCCACCAUAGACAGAGACUACGGAGUGAUCAACAACAUCCACCACGAUAUCGGCACUCACGUCGUGCAUCAUUUGUUCCCUCAAAUUCCUCACUACAAUUUGGUGGAAGCUACCAAAGCGAUAAAGCCUGUGCUGGGAAAAUACUACAGGGAACCAGAAAAAUCUGGUCUGCUUCCCUUGCACUUGUACAAAAUUCUUAAGUCGAGCCUCGAGGAGGACCAUUUUGUGCCGAAUGAAGGCGACAUUGUCUUCUACCAGCGGGACUCCAUUUAAAGAGGAACAAUGAAAAAAUCAUUUUUUGGCGAAAAUGCGAAGCCAACAAAAAAGAAAACACGCAAAAAGCAUUCUUUUCUCCAGAAAUGUCAUAUAGAGUUUGAUCUUUAUAAAGAGUCCCAUUCGAAAGA